AUGGUUGAGCACCUGUGUAUGGCUCUUGGCCGUAUUUCAUUCGAUCUAAACAAUGACGUGUUAUGUGAUGAUAGGAGCAAGCCUCCAAAUUUGGUUGAUAAAGUGAAGAAUCUGAAAAGGAAGUUGAACAUUGUUGAAUUGAAUGAUUUGAAUCAAUUCAAGCUGAAAAUGGUUGGAAAUGAUGAAGGACUUGAUAAUGGUCAUCAUCGAUCCCCUAUUCUUUUAUCUGAUUACAUAAAUUGUGGUCACGCCAAUUGCAAUGAAUGUUCCACGUAUGGUAGAUCUGCGUCUAAUUUCAAAUCUACGCUUGAGAGGUCUUAUGGGAAUAUUUUGCCUUUGCAGGUUAGGGUGGGCAUUUGUGAAUUGUUUGUCAACCAUUGCAUGCAAUUAUCAUGCAAUCAGCAAAAGAUAUGUGAGAAAUUGAUUUUUGACAUUCUGAAGUUGCUUGAUAAUGUCUUACAUUCAAGUAUCAAAGGUGUGGGAGGUCAUUUUGAUAAGGCGAACAAUCAUGAUGAUCAUGAGGGUACAAUUUUUUAUGCCACGAAUAUGCCUCAAGGUUCUAGCAUUGGGAUUAAUAAAAUGACUAAUAAUGGGGAUGGAAAGUGUUUGAUGGACAAGAAAAAUAUGGAUCAUUUAAAUUGCAAAAUGAAAGUCUCUCUUCUUGAUGUGAGGGAUUCUUUUUGUUACAAAGGAGCAGCAAAAUUGCGUCCUUCGCAGCUUGCAGAAGCAUUUUUGGGUGUGCGUAAUGUUGAUUAUGUUCCAGACACCUUCUCCCCAACGCCUCCCUUGAAGUCAAUGUUGCCACCGUGCUUCAAGCAUAAUAUUGGACCCACAAAAUCUUCUACAACGAUUUCCGAUUGCGGUACUGCGAAGACUCCUCAAAGCUUCAUUGUUAAAAAUUCUUCAGCAACAACCAAUGUAUCUCAUGAAAUUAAAAUUAUGGGGGAGAGGAAAUUUAAUGAGAAGUUUAGGAGCAUGUGCAAAAAAUCUGACAAAAUGUAUGACAACUUGAUGUCCCUUAAGCAUAGUUAUCGCCGUGACAGUAGGGGUAUCAAUGAAGCUCAGGUUGUUAAUGACAAUGUUGGAGCUAACUGUUCUAUUAUCAACGAGCGAUAUUGCCCCAUACAGAAAUCCACACCACCUGCUGUCUCUAUUGAGCAGUUCAAUAACAGCUCAAAGUUUUGUGUCAUUAGGCAAGAGAUUAUGUACUACAUGGCUGUUUGCAGGCUCUCAAGCAGCAAAACCCACCAUGACUUUUAUUGUGUUGAUAUUGGUGGUUGUCAUGUGAAGUUCAGUUCUCUUGGCCAUUCUAUGGUUGCUGUUGGAAAAGUUGGUUCUUUUGUUAUGAAUGUGUUAUGCAGAAAGUUUUUUUAG